AGCUCGUGUUUAUCUCUACACACAUGUGUUUCACACUCACUUUUCCAAUUACAUCUAUACUCAAAAAAAUACUCACAAAGUCAGUUAUCUUUACCGUACACUCUUCAACCUCCACCUGCCAUUAAUGUACGGUAGUCUUAAGUUUUCAGCUCCAUCUCUUUUUUCUACUUCCUAUUGCUACCCUGUUUUCCUUACUGAAGACUACGUAAUUUUAUAUAUAUAUAUAUAUUUAAGAAAAGAGAAGAAAACAAUCUACCAUGCCCAUGAAUUCUUCUACCUUAGAAGCUCGGUAUCUUAUUUCUUGCAAGAAGCAUGCGGUAAUUCCUAACUCAGCAGUACAAUCAUGGUUUUCUGAGGUCAGAGUUCAUAAACCAAAGAAUGAGAAGUAUGGCAUAGGUGUUAUUCUUGACCAGCUAAUGGAUAGUGAUAUAUCUCCACUUGUAGAUAUAAUAAUGGCCUUUGAGAGCUCAGAUAUGGAUGCAGUUGACUUACUUCAAGAAUCAAAUGGUACCCUCAGUGAAGAACAUCUUAUGGCUUUGAUGCGUGCCCUUGACUUUAAACUUCGAGUUGUUGAUCUACAGAAUAUGUCAUUGACCAAGGAGUUCUUGAGGGAUCUCUGUCAGGGAGGCUUGGCUUGCCAAGUUUUAAACUUAAGGACUAAUCAUAUUCAAAAGCUUGCUAUGUCUGGAAAGUUUAUACGGUUACACACCCUUAAUCUGGAUUUUUGCACUGCACUCACCACUUUGCAGCAGAACUGUUUUUAUUGCAUGCCACAUUUGUUACGUCUCUCAAUGUGUGAGACAAGAAUCACUAAUCUCUGGACAACUUCUGCUGCUUUAUUGAAACUUCCUUCGUUGAAAGAGCUACGGUUUCAAAAUUGUCUCUGCUGCAAGGACACCGGGGCAUGUCCAUCGUCUCGUGAGAAAACAAGAUUUCAUGGAAUUGAGAGUCAGUCAAGUCUUUGUUACUAUGAUCAAGCACAGUCUGCUGAUAGUGGUGAUGCUACAUUUCAUUCUUCUACUGCAGGCGAAACAGUUAGGGACCUGAUUUGUAAAGACUCAAUGUUAAAGUGUGAGCUUGGAAUUGGAAGCAAUGAGAACAACUCAAAAGUAAAGACUUCAAGUUACCUUAAAGAAAUAGAUAUGUUCAAAUUAUCUGCUGAUCUUCCUGAUUUGGAUGGAAGCAAAGGUCUUCAAAAUGAGAUUUGGGAAAGAGGUAAUUUUUCUGCAAAUUCACAAAAGCAAGACUUGAAGAAUCCUGCAAUUACAUUAAGGAAGUAUGUAUCUCAUCACCCUUCACCGAUAUGCUUCGAGAAACAUUAUCGAGAGUACAUGGUUGCUUCAUUGCCUCAUCUAGAGGUACUAGAUAAUUUGCCUGUUACAAAGAUAGACAGAUUAACUGCCAAGACUACUAGUAGAAAGUACUUUGAGUACUUACCUUAUAAAAGGCAGCCAAAAGAAAGUGUUGUUGAUAUUUUGCAUAAGCGCGAGAUGGGUGGAAGCAAGGCACGUAACCAGAAAAUGUCAAUGCCAAAACAGCUUCACCCUUACCACCAUAAUCAAUUGUUUUUCUCAAGGUCUCUUUGUGCUGCAAAACUUGGAUCUUCUGAAUGGCCACACUUGAGUCCAGUAUCCAACUUCAGAGAAAAAUUUAAACAAGAAUGCAAAAGGCCUCGUCCGAGGCAAUUUGAGUAUCAUCCUUCAGAUCCUAGUCUUAUGGUUUUUGGAACCUUGAGUGGUGAAGUUAUUGUAAUCAACCAUGAAAGUGGGAGGACUGUUAGUUAUAUCCCAUCCAUGGGAGCAAUGAGCAGCGUUUUGGGACUCUGUUGGCUCAAGAAGUAUCCAUCAAAGCUUAUAGCAGGAUCUGAUAAUGGUUCUCUGAAGUUGUUUGACAUCAAACAUACACCUCAAGAACUUGCAGAGUCCAAUUGGGGCUCCUCAAAUGUAACCUUUGCAAGCUUUGAGCAAUUGACUUCUCUUCAUGUAAACUCAACAGAUGACAAGUUUCUGGCUAGUGGAUACUCAAAGAAUGUUGCUCUAUACGACAUUGACAGCGAAAAACGUUUACAAUUGUUCAGUAACAUUCACCGAGAACCGAUCAAUGUUGCUAAAUUUGCUCACCAUUCCCCUCACCUAUUUGCUACUUCAUCCUUUGACCGUGAUGUGAAGAUGUGGGAUUUGAGACAGAACCCUUUGCAGCCUUGCUAUACAUCUUCAAGCUCAAGAGGAAAUGUCAUGGUUUGUUUUUCUCCAGAUGACAUGUCUUUGCUCGUGUCUGCUGUUGACAAUGAGGUUAAACAACUCUCAGCAGCAGAUGGGAGGCUGUUGAUGACUCUUGAGAUAGCUUCAACAGGAAGUGCUUAUAACUAUACUCGUUCAUAUUAUAUGAAUGGAGGGGAUUACAUCAUUAGUGGUAGUUGUGAUGAACAUGUCAUUCGCAUUUGCUGCUCUCAAACUGGAAAACGACUCAGGGAUGUCUACUUGGAGGAUUUUGAGACAGGAAACUCAAUGUUCGUGCAAUCAUUAAGAAGCGAUCCAUUUAGAGAUUUCAACCUGAGUGUGUUGGCAGCAUCUACACGCCCAAGCUCAAAGUGGGAGAUCAUCAAGGUCAAUAUGCUGGCUUCAUCCAACUCUCAGGAACAGGAAGCAAUUUUUUUCUAGUUGCUACAGUCUCAGAUGUUGAACUUGACAUAUACUUAUCAAGUAGGAAGACUACAUAUAUAAUUUUGUGCAAAUCAAAACUACUAAAUUUCAGGUCAAAUUAUUCAUGUGCAGUAGCUUAUUAUAUAUAAGCCAUUAUUUUAAAAAUAUAUAAAUAUAAUUGGAUGAUAACGGGAUGAUAAUUGGUUCAGUUCAGUUUAGAUGUUUAUUGGAUCAGAUCUCAUCCAACAAUCGAUCCGAUCCAAAUGGAUUUUCAGAAUUUACAUCUGAUCUGAUCCAAUUAUAAUUGAAUAUCUGAUUAUAUUAGAUCAGUUGUGAUUGGAUCGAUUAUUUGGAUUGGAUGUCUUUCUGCACACCCCUAGUAAUUACACUGUAAUUAUGUAAUUGAAGUUACUUGAAGAGUUCCAAUUACUCUCCAAUUCGCAUGUACCCAUGAGAAUUUAGUAUAAUUACACUGUGUAAUUUUAAAAAAAAUUCUAUUUUAAA